AAAAAGAACUUCCGGACAUGCGCAGAAAAAACAAAGCGGUUUGAGCUACCUUGUCGAUGCUUUGGAUGUUGUUAUCAAAUAGUCACGACUAACUUUAAUAUUCGUCGAACUUUUUAAUUAUGGAGCUUUCUGAAAUAUUUUACAACAAAGCGGAGUACAUUGAGACGGCAUCUGGGAACAAAGUGAGCCGGCAGUCCGUGCUGUGUGGGAGUCAGAACAUUGUCCUCAACGGCAAAACCAUAGUGAUGAAUGACUGCAUCAUCAGGGGGGACCUGGCUAACGUCAGAGUGGGGAGACACUGUGUUGUGAAAAGCCGGAGUGUUAUAAGACCACCGUUCAAAAAGUUCAGCAAAGGAGUGGCGUUUUUCCCUCUGCACAUCGGAGACCACGUCUUCAUUGAGGAGGACUGCGUGGUCAACGCGGCACAGAUUGGUUCCUACGUCCAUAUUGGGAAGAACUGUGUUAUAGGUCGUCGGUGCGUUCUCAAAGACUGCUGCAAGAUCUCAGACAACACCGUCCUUCCUCCUGAGACGGUGGUGCCGCCUUUCACCGUCUUCUCUGGUUGUCCAGGCUUGUUUUCAGGAGAGCUUCCUGAGUGCACACAGGACCUGAUGAUUGAUGUCACUAAGAGCUACUACCAGAAGUUCCUGCCCCUCAGCCAGAUUUGAAGCACUCUGGCCCCAAACCCAGUCCCGGUCCAGAGAGGCCAGCCAGGAGCUCCGGUUAAGCAGCAGUGGACUCAGAACUGGAUCUCUGGAGCGUUGAGCUUCACUGCCCAAGGAAAAAAUCAGAUAAACAGGUCUCAGGCUUUUAACAACACGUUGGAAAUAAAAAGUCUGACCGCAGCUCAUCUUUGUCCACUAAUACUUAAAUCUGCAAUGCUUCUUUAAAAACUAAAAUCUAGUUUGGUCAAACUGACCUAAACGUGUCUUUCUGCUGGUGCCUCUGAGUGUUUAGCUCUCUCUGCUGGUGUCUGUGGCCCAUUCCCAAUACUCACACUGCCCCCUACGGUCUUCAGUGAAGUACACUUAGAGGAGGUGCGCUGUAAAACAAGUGUGCAAAUAUCUUAGGUGUGUUCUUGCUGUGUCGUAUUUCUAAUUCCAUGCUGUAGUUCUUUUUUAAAAACACAGAACCGGUUUGUUACCUGUUUUCCCGCGCAACCGGGGCGCCCCGAGAGGCAUCCCUCAGGGAUGCCUCUCGGGGCGCCCCGGUUGCGCGGGAAAACAGGUAACAAAACGGUUCUGUUUUAAAAAACAACUACAGCAUGGAAGUGUGCAAAUAAUUGCUGAACUGGGACAAGGAGCAUUGUGUCAUAGACCGUAACACAUGCCGGGAGGAUGGUCGCUGUGGUACUGUUUAAAAAAUGUUAUUAGCAACUUUCAAACAACCGACUAAACAGUUAUUUGACUGAAUUUACAUUCUUUGCUGUCCACAAUAAUUCUUCGUCUAAAACACUCAGAGCAUGAAUAAAUAUCAUUAAUCUCCUUAAAACUUUUCAUUUGAAAAUACAUAUUGUCAGAAAAGGCACUCGAGCCAUUGCUCCACGCAGCAAUGGACUGUGGGUAAUACACUUCACCCAAGUCCACGUCGACGCAGACUUGGGUGAAGUGCGGAUCACGGGUGGAAAAAGGGGGGAGUGGUCAAGUUCCGCAUUUGAGAAUCGGAACGCCCUACGCACUCGCAUUUCAUGGAUGGGAUCGCGCGGGUGUGAUGCCCGGCCAGCCUCAGGCCAAGUAACGCUCCCGUUCAAAUAACCCCACCCCCGUCGAAUUCUAACCGAGCCAAUCAGCACUGAGCAGCUUUCGUCGCACACCGCGACGCUCAGUUUCUCGAAAACAACCAAGAUGGUGUCUGAAGCGGAGUUCGCUGCGGCUCUUCUCUCUGGUCUAAACGACUUGAGUGUCUUUAAAACCACAACAAGUAGAAGCGCUAAAAGCAUUUCUUCUAAAGGAAGAUGUUUGCGCCGUCGCCAGACGCCAUUUUUGACUACAGCUAAAAAAACUACAGCGUUGUGCGGUGUAGUCGUAUUUUCUGUCUUUUUCCUGAUUGGUUGUUUUUAGCUGGUUAGUCUGCUGUUGGUGCUCUCUGCAUCCGGGUGUCCAGACUUGUCCCGUGUGUGGAACAGACGGGAUGAAUCUGGCAGACCAGGCUAGGAGUGUUGGGAUUGGGCCUGUGUGUGUUUGGCUCCCUAACAUCAUUUCUAAAGGUGAGGAGGUGCAGCAGCGGUUAUGUUCAGUACUCUUGGACCAAAUCAGUUGCAGCUAUUUAUUUCACAAGGUUUGCCGUUUCUGUUUUGCACCCAGUGACGAAUAAAGUGACAGUUUCAGAAAUGUUAAACCGAACACUUUGGUUCCAUUCUCAUUAACUGAAUCGUGUGGAUUAAAUGUGUUUGCUGUUGUUUGUUUGUUUUUUUCACAUAAUUUGUCGUUUCUUGUGCGUACAACAGCUGCUGAUAACAGUCAAAUAUUUAAUCAAAUGAAUUAAAUCAGAAUAAACCAGUGAA